GUAACCAGUGUUGUCAACACCGUUCCCUCCAAGCAGAAAUGUCAAAAUGGCGUCAACGCAGGACGCUUGGUAUAUUUCUUUACUUGGUUUAGCAGAACAUUUUCGUACAUCUAAUCCCCCUGACAUAAAAAGUUGUAUUCAAUGUUUACAAGCUGUUUUUAAUUUCAAACCACCUCAAAGAGUGGAAGCCAGAACCCAUUUACAACUUGGGAAUAUCCUUUUGACACACACUAAAAACAUCGACUUGGCGAGAACUCAUUUAGAGCAAAGUUGGUGUUUAUCUCAAAGUAUCAAUGGAUUUGACGAUGUUAAGUUUGAAGCAGCGAGUGUUCUUGCUGAUUUGUUUGAACAACAGGGUCAGCCAACUCAUUCAAAGCCUAUAUUACGAAAGGCGAUUGAAUUAUCACAACACAGUGUUUACUGGCACUGCAGGCUCAUAUUCCAACUAGCACAAAUUCAUGCAACAGAAAAAGAAUAUGAAGUAGCAAGUAGUCUACUAGGAGUAGGUGUGGAUUAUGCCCAAAUAUCAAAUUCUGCUUAUACAAGGGUGCUCUUUCUUUUAAGUAGGGUUAUGUUACUGUUAAUAGAUAAGAAGAUUCAAGAAGUUUUACCAUUAUUAAAUCAAGCCGGGCAUCUUGUCGAGUCCUGGGUCGGAAGUCCACACCAAAAGGAAUAUCUUAAAGUAUUCUUUCUUGUUUUACAAGUGUGUCACUAUUUAAUGGCUGGACAAGUCAAGAGUGUCAAACCCUGUCUAAAGCAAUUACAGCAAAGCAUUCAGACAAUUAUGGCACCGACGUGGCCUGAUGAUGACACGGUAUGCGGCGGCAGUCCCGGAGGCGAGUCCUUCGUGUGGCUGUCUCGGCAGCAGCUGUACGUGCUGGUCUACUUGGUGACGGUGAUGCAUUCGGCGCAGGCCGGCUACAUGGACAAGGCGCACAAGUACACCGAGAAGGCCUUGGCUCAGAUCGACAAGCUCAAUUGCAACGAAGAGCCAGGCUUGGUCAACGCGGGUCGUGGCGCCGGGCGGCGAGGGGGCGCAGCCCUGGCCUGGCGUCUGCGCAUGGCUCUGGUGGAGCACGCGGCCCUGUGCCGCCUCGUGGCCGGAGGCAAAGCCAAUGCGUUGCACGAGAUCGCGCGAGCUGCCCAUCUGCUCACGCAUCCUCCGGAUGCCCAGUGCGCAGCCGCUCAUACUCCCCAACUGCACUGCCUACUGGGCCUGUACGCCAUGUCCAUGAAUUGCAUGGACGCCGCCGAAGCGCAGUUCCACACCGCCAUACACAUGUCACAAGAGAGAGAUCUGUGGAUGUUUGCGAAAUUGAAUCUGGCUAUUGUGUAUCUACGAGGACGGAGAGAUAAUGAUUUAGCCCAAAUUAUGGAACAGGUGCGUCCCGAAGCAUUACCUGCGUACGCGCACGGCCUUCGCGCCGCGUCUUACUACGUACUAGGUCUACAGGCCUUCUUCCAGGCGAGAUAUAAUGAAGCCAAACGGUAUUUACGUGAAACGUUGAAGAUGGCGAACGCCGAAGACCUAAAUCGUCUUACGUCCUGCUCACUCGUGCUCUUGGGCCAUAUCUUCCUCUCUAUCAACAAUUCCCGCGAAAGCAUGAAUAUGGUGACACCUGCUAUGCAAUUGGCGAGUAAAAUUCCGGACGUGCACGUGCAAUUGUGGGCGUCGGCUAUUCUCAAAGACCUCUACCGUCUCGCGGGUGACACGGAGCGCGAGAACGAAGCGUAUCAAAUGCACUGCAAUUUCUCUCAGGCGCUGCUCAAAGACCAUUUCCAGGCCACGCAGCUCCCUCAACACGCCCUUGUGAAUUGGACUAGCGGCCCACCCCCGGCUUUGCCCGCACCUAGCGUUAGUCACACGUAGCCAAAUUGUUGAGCCGUUGGUGUGGAUAUGAUUGAAUUUCCGGAUGUGAUUUGAACAUGUCAACCGGUAAAUUGUCUGAAAAAUCAAAUUUUAAUUUCGCGAUGAAAUUAUAAUUUUAAUAUAUUUUACGUUUUUGUCAGACUGAUAUAUUCAAAUUUGUUUGAAUCAAAAUCAAUUUUAACGCUCUCGAUGUUUUAAUAACAAAUAGCGACCGUUUUACGAAAAAAAAUGUAACAUCAGAUGAAAGACUGUAACUUGAAAAAUUUAAGAAAAACGCUUCGAUUUAAAAAAAAAUCAAAUGGGUUAUAAAACAAGGAAACCACGACCAUAUAUUAUGCUGUGCUGUAAAGGAACUGAGCACAGCAGUUACAUUUUGUUUAAUUAGCUGCCUCGUGACCAUGUCUGGUUUAUCUUUCUACCAAUUUGUUAAAAUCUAUUACUUAUUAUUUAAUUUAUCACCAUCUUUUAAUGUACUAAGUUUCUCGAUUGAAUUAACAAUAGCGAUAUUGCAUUAAAUCAGUUAACAGAGACAGUACAAACUUAGUAUGUAUGCGACAGACUGAUUUUGUGAUAAUUUGUAUGGCUGAUAACAAAAGCCAGUCAGUGUAAAAUAGGCCCGUAUGUCGAGUUUAAUUAAUGAAUUAAAGGACCUAAAACGCCGACAUUUUAUUUGAUUUAAAUUUAGCGAUUGACCAAUCAUUUAUUAAAUUUGGCAAUAAUAGAAGUAGUACUCUUGUAACCUUGCACUUUUAAGCUACGUGUUAUAUUUCGACUUAGGUUCUACCAUAUUUUGCACAAUCUACGGCAAAACUAAUAACAGUCGAGUGCGGCUGUAUGUAAAUAUUAUCGAUUAAAGAACAAAGACGUCUCAUAUUUAUUUUAGCGACAUUUAGUUGACGAUCGUCUGAACUGUGUACGGUAUUGAGCAUUUGCGUACGCGUACGAAGCCAAUACACGUACGCGUACGCUAUCGAUACCGUACACGGGCUUGGUUAAUUAAUUUUAAUGUUUUGAUGGACGGAUUCGCUUUGUAUAGUUACGUCACAAUAUCGUAGUUAUAUAUUUUAUUAGAUUGGAGUAAUUCUUCCAUAGAUCUGUCCAUUAAAACGUCUCGGAGACGAGAAUUGUAAAUUAACAUGUAUACAUUUAUGUGAUUAUUCCGAUAGACAGUGUAAUGCGGCCUUACGCGUGGGUACAUUUGCUGUUGUUAAUAUGUAAAUAAAAGUUGAACUAUUGUAAAUAAUAAAAUAUAUGUUUUUU